GUUCAAGGCUUGUCAGAGAUCCGAUUUCGGAAGUGAUGCUGCCAUUAUGUUUUUCAGAUUAAGUUUAUGGGUUUAGGUACUGUCGUACAUUAGGCGUCCAGCCAAUAUAAGCCGCCGAGUAGUUUUAGUUGCCCAUUAAUUUGUGAGGCAAGAGUUUAAUGAAUGUUGACAUCUCCGUUUAUUGAGCAAAGAAACCGGAUUGGUAUUUUUAUAGGGGCGUUUUCACUUUCUGAAGAGCUGUGGUUCCUCGUUUGCCAUCACAGCAUAAAAACAUCGUGUGUUGUGUGUGGCUAGGAGUGCUAGUUAGCAGAGCCAUGUCUCCUUCGGUGCGUCUGCAGGAGAUGAUCAGGGUGAUCAGAGGAGCCCGUACACAGGGUGAGGAGCGUGGUGUGAUCCAAAGAGAGUGUGCUGCCAUCCGGGCACAGUUCAGACAGGCUGACAAUGGGACCCGCUCUCACAACCUGGCAAAGCUGCUGUAUGUGCACAUGUUGGGCUACCCCGCCCACUUUGGUCAGAUGGAGUGUGUGCGUCUGAUUGCAAGCCCUCGGUACAAUGAGAAACGUGUUGGGUACUUGGGUGCCAUGAUGCUUCUAGACGAGAAACAGGAUGCCAGCCUGCUCAUCACUAACUCCAUCAAGAAUGACCUGUCCCACAGCAGUCAGUAUGUCCAGUCUCUGGCUCUGUGUACUCUGGCCUGUAUGGGCUCGGCUGAGAUGUGUCGAGACCUGGCCCCAGAGAUCGACCGCCUCCUCAGAGCCUCGAACUCCUACAUCAAGAAGAAGGCAGCUCUUUGUGCAGUACACAUGGUGAGAAAAGUACCAGAGCUAGGGGAGCUGUUCACCCCUGCAGCUCGAUCCCUGCUCUCUGAAAAGAACCACGGGGUGUUACAUGGAGCUGUGGUUCUGAUCACUGAGCUGUGUGAGCGCAACCCAGACACUCUAGAGCAGUUUCGUAAGGCGGUGCCGGAGCUGGUCCUGAUGAUGAAAGGCCUGGUGAUGUCGGGUUACUCUCCAGAACACAAUGUGGCUGGGAUCAGUGACCCAUUCCUGCAGGUGCGCAUUCUUAGGUUGCUGAGGAUCCUGGGGCGCAAUAAUGACACAGCCAGUGAUGCCAUGAAUGACCUGCUGGCCCAGGUGGCUACGAACACAGACAGCAGCAAGACCGCAGGCAGUGCUGUUUUGUAUGAAACGGUUCUCACUGUCAUGGACAUCAAAUCAGAAAGUGGCUUGAGGGUCUUGGCUGUGAACAUCCUGGGGAGAUUUCUUCUGAACAAUGAUAGGAACAUCCGGUAUAUCUCCAUGACUUCCCUUCAGAAAAUUGUUCAGACGGACCACAAUGCAGUGCAGCGUCACAGGGGGACCAUAGUGGACUGCCUGAAGGACCAGGAUGCUUCUGUCAAACGCCGGGCAUUGGAGCUUUCGCUGGCCCUGGUGUCAGCUGUCAACAUCCGCUCUCUGAUGAAGGAGCUUCUCCUCUUCCUCUCCAGCUGUCCUCCAGAGCUCCGAGCACACACCACCUCAGGCAUCUUCAACGCUGCAGAGAGGUAUGCUCCCUCUCAGCGCUGGCACAUUGACACCAUCCUGCAUGUCCUCACCACGGCAGGGGGUGAUGUGCGGGAUGAGACGGUGCCCAACCUGAUCCAGCUCAUCACCACCGCAACAGAACUUCACUGCUACACGGUCCACAAGCUGUACAGAGCCCUGAUUACAGACAUCUCAGUGCAAUCCCUGGUACAGGUUGCGUGCUGGUGUAUUGGGGAGUAUGGAGACCUGCUUCUGAGAGGAGAGUGUGAGGAGACAGAACCUGUUCAGGUGACAGAGGAUGAUGUCCUGGACGCCUUGGAAACGGUUCUACAGUCACAUAUGUCGUCGCCAGCAACCAGGGGCUUCGCUCUCACAGCAACCAUGAAACUCAGCACACGCAUAACACAUAACGUGGAUCGCAUUAGGAGCAUCGUCAGCAUCUAUGGCAGCUGUAUCGACGUGGAACUCCAGCAGAGAGCAGUGGAAUAUAACGCUCUCUUCAAGAAAUACGACCACAUGAGGGCUGCGGUGCUGGAGAGAAUGCCGGUGAUUGACAAAAGCUCUCCGGGACAUACCAAUGGAGAAUCAGCAGGGGGGACUAUCAAAGAGUUGGAGCCAACCAAACUGACACAGGAAAUAGUAUUUCCCCAGGAACCUUCUAAUCAGGUGUGUGAUCUGUUGGACCUGCUGGGUGGUUCUGGAGAGCCUUUCCAGCCCAGCCCGUCCCUGUCCAGCACAGCACCCGGCCCAGCUAGCAGCACGGCUGGUGGAGACCUACUGGACCUGCUGGGAGGCCUGGAUGUAACACCUGCACCACCUAGUGUUACAGUGUAUGAGAAGAACGGUGUGACGCUGAAACUACAGACUGACAGACAGACGGACACAGGGAUGACCGUUACCCUCACUGCCACCAACUCCACUGAUGGGGACAUCACUGGCCUCACCCUGCAAGCAGCAGUACCCAAGAGCGUCCAGUUACAGAUGAAGGCUCCGAGUGGUGACGUCAUCCCUGCGCAUGGCUUAGGUCAGGUGACCCAGACUGUGCUCCUCAACAACCCAAACAAGGUGAGUCUGAAGAUUAGGGUGCGUGUGUGCUACACCAGCCAGAGCUCUGUCUGCCAGGACACGGUGCAGAUCGACUCCUUCCCAAGCACUGCCUGGUAAUGACCGCUGCAAUCAACCUGUCCAUCAACACUGACACACAUCAGACAAUGUACGUGGAAGGAUCGACAGCUGACCAGGCCCAGGACUGGGGACCCAGUCUACCUAACAACUGCCUGUAAAUCAUAUAGAGGGGAUCCUCUGUCAAUCAACUAUUCCACACUACAACCUGAUGUUCUGUCAAUCCAGUUUUUUCAAAUUACUCUUAAUUAUGUUAUUUUUCUAAAUGGCUGACCCUCGUGAACUGUGGAAAUUGUCCCCCUACAGUUUGACAAGGAUUCAUGUAGAUGAACUCUCAAGAGACUCUGUCACCCUAAAAGCCAUUGUCACCAUUCUACCUUUUCAGCUCCUGUUCGGACUACUGGUAUUACAUUUCCCAUAGCAUAGGUUAACUAGCGGUAUUAAUGACACUACUGCACAUGGUACUAGCUUCGCUGUGUAUUUCCAGAGUUGCAGGUCAUCUGUGUCACAUCAAUCAAUAACAGUAAUAUGCAGCUGUCUGCCUGAGCCAGUGGUACUCUUCCAAUCAGAAGAUCAAUAAAUCCUGAGAACUGCAAUCAUGACUGUCCACAUGAAAGGGGUCUGUUGGGAUACAUUUUAAUUGAGAAGCUGGAAGUCUUGGCUCGUGCAACCUUGUAAACUAGUUAAACGCUUGACAACUUUUCUUUCACUCCAGGACCACUGACCUACUUACUAGUGUGGCUCACUGUUACAGUUCUCUGUAGUCUAUCUGAGCCACGUGAUCAGCAUCCAUUAACACUACGCCUUAUCUAUACUUACAUGCCUUCCGUUGGUGUGCUUUUCUCCCUACCUCUCUUUACCAUCUGCUUCUCUCUUCCCUUGUGCCUGUCACUCAGAACCCCCUUUUGGAGCUGAGGUAUUAUGGUGUAUGUGUAUAUUGUGUAUGUGUAUAUUGACCUUGAGGUGAGAGUUGCCGUGUUAUCUGUGAAUGAUAUAACUCCCCCAUAUCGCUGCAUCUUUGAAGCACCAGUGCCAGUCAGGCAGUCCUAACCAGUGUUUCCCCUGCCAUAGCUUUAGCUUACGGAGUUAUUUUUUUUAUGCCCAGGGAAAGUAAAUCUAGGGGAAAGACUGGCCCUGACCCCUGCCCUGCAUACACUACCCAACCUCUUUCAGCUAAAAAAAACUUUAAAAAAAAAGGCACAACAGGUGACUUAUGUUCUUAACACUAGGUAGUCUUGGGUUGUAUGAGAUUGCAAAUCUUGUUGCAAUACCAAAUAAUUUAUAUACAUUUACUGAUGCAAAUAGGAGAAGUUCCUCCACAAGGUUACAAAAGUAGUAAUACAUUAAUUUUGUAAUAUUCCGAACAUCUGGGCCUUAUUACCAGCUGCCCACGCAAUUGUUUGUAAGUAACUUGUAUUGAUAGAAAAUUGGUUUGUGGAUAUUAAUAACGGUAUGCUUUAAUGGGUUUCAGUGCAAAUAAACAACAGCCACCCUUUAGACCACUACCCUCAAAGGAACCAGAGGGAGAAAUGGAGACGGAAAGAGAAUUCGGUUUGUUGUGUGCAUUGCCUUCGACUCCCAUGUUGUGUCAUUUCUAAUUAAAGGUUAUCAAACCUUAA